AUGCCACAUUAUAAAUUAGGUGAUUUGACAAACUAUAUAACUAAUAAUUUUUAUAGUAUUGAAUGGGUGUCAAAGUUGUAUAAGUUAAGUCAAAUAGUAACGGGUCUUAUCAAUAUACAUAGUGUAAAUAUUUUACACAGAGAUUUUCAUAGUGGAAAUAUCUUUUUUCGUGAUAAGUAUAAUACACAGAGUGUAUAUUUAGGUGAUUUGGGAUUAAGUAAAUCUGCAACUGAAAUUACGGACGAUGAUAAUAACAAAGAGAAUUAUGGUAUCAUUCCUUAUAUGGCUCCAGAGAUUUUUAAAGGAAAAAAAUAUACCAAAGAAUCAGACAUAUAUAGUUUUGGUAUGAUUAUGUGGGAAUUUAUGACAAGUAGAAGGCCUUUUUGGGAUAGAAGUCAUGAUACAGAACUUAUAAUAGAAAUAUGUGAUGGUUUAAGACCACCAAUUGUUACAAAUGCGCCCAAAGGGUAUAUUGAAUUAAUGAAAGAAUGCUGGCAUUCUGAUCCUAAUAAAAGACCAGUAGCUACUGAUAUUUUUGAUAGACUUGAUAAAAUGUGGAAGGGUGAAUUAGUACCAGCAGAGAAAACUAAAAUUAUACAGUCGUUAGAUAUUGGACCUGUAACAAAAAAUAAUCCAGGUGCUAUUUAUAGAAGUAGAUCUUUGAGUGGUAUGAUUCAAUCUGCAAUGUUUACAAUGUCUACAAGAAGUUUAAGAAGUCAAUCUAUAACUGCAGAAUUUGAACUAUCCAAUUAUCAUCAAAAAAACGAUAUAUCAUUUAAUGAUAAAAGAAAGUUCGACGCCACUCAAAUUGAAAACAGUUUUAAUGAUGAAGAUAAAUUUAUUAAAAAGGUUAAAUUAAUCGAAAAUGAAAAUAAUGAUUAUACUACGCAAGAAUUUGAAUUGGACAUAGAUAUAGAUUCUGAACAAUUCAUCGAUGAUAAAAGAUAUACUACACUUGAAAAUGAUUUUGAUAUAUGAAUGUCGGUCUUUAUUGAAACUUAUUAGAGAUUUAUAUUUUUUCUUUUUAUGUUAUUAUUUUUUUUAAGUUUU